AUAGGAGGACUUGGAACAGAGACACUGGCUCUGGCAAUGCAAGGAAACCGUGUUUCAGAUAACCCUUUAUGGUGCAAGCUUUGCAGCCAUUGAAGAGCGUUUCUGUGGGGAUCAGGAAGCAGGGCUGUCCGUCAUCCAAAGUCCGAUGCAGUGGGAAGGGUGCCCGUGACUGCAAAGGUCUCUGACAAAGGCCACGAGCAUCUUGAAGGCUGCCUCUGAGAAAUGGGCGCGGGCUGGUGGUUCCCCACAGGGUGCAGUGCAGAAGCAGCUUCAGGAAGAAUGCUCUUUCACCGGUCAUCCCAGUGCAUCAUUCAUUAAAUAUAACGCCCUACAGGAAAACCAGGACUUCGUGUUCUCCGUGCCCCCUCCUGCAUCAGCCUUGACGUCUGUAGUUUGAAACCAUGGAAGUUAAAUUAAGGCCAGUGCAGUCUAAUAGGCAAGGGAGAGCAAAUGCUAAGAAGUCAAGAUAAUGAGAAAAUACCUGCCAUCUGGAGCUGUCAUAAGCAUGAAUUUACAUCACUCCCCACAAAAUAAAUAAAUUACAGCCUGCGGAACAUUACUCUCCCUGUAUGCAAAGCCCCAUUCCUGCCGCUACCGCCAAAAAUUUUGGCCUCCCUGCUUUCCAUGUGAUCGUCGGCUUCUGCAAAAAGCCCCGGAGAGAUGUACGCGGGCACGGGGAGACAUCUGCAACUGCUGGCUGUUUAAGCGCAAUGGCUGCAGUGGGAUCUGUUCGGCUGCAUCCGCUUGCUCCCUUCCAUGCUCUGACGGAAAGUUUUCCUCCCGGCUCUGACAGCACCGCAGCCACUUGGGGAAGCACAUGACUUCCUCGGGAGACGGCGUUUCUUAUUUGUGUUGCAGGCCUCCAGCAGGCAUGGAACCGAGGCAAUAUUUAUAUCAGUUUUUGUAACGUCGUCGCAGCAGCUGCAUUUUUGGGAUUUGAAGUGCUGGCUGGAAGUGGAGUGAGAGGCACAAAGCACACUACGCCAUGUAGAAAUCAGGGUGGAAUGGGGGGGAAAAAAACCCCAACAACAGGAAAUCAGCAACCAGCCUCCUCCCUCAGAAAGCUCGUUGUGUUCUUGGGUGCCAGGGGUGCUGCUUGCCCUCCAGAUGGUUACCGCAGGGCCCAUCUGUGUAAAAGAACGUGACCUGAUUCCUUUUCUGCCUCCUGGCUUGAUUUCAGUGGUGUUAAGUCAGCAGAGGUUUGAGGCUUCAAUGAUGCUAUGGGCCUGGAAGAUAUAGCUGGCUGAAAGAGAGUGGAGUCCUCUUCACUGUCUCCUUGUUUCUUCAUCUACCCUGCAACUGAGAAGUCUGAAACAAUGAGCACCAACGAGAAGAAACCUCCUCUGAAUGGAAGGAGAGCCCUCCCAUCAAACAACUCUAAUGAUGAAGAAAAUGAGGUCCCCGAGAUGGAGGCUUUUGGAUUGAUACCUAGAGGAUUUAAUCCAAGAGAUUACUUGCGUGUUGUGGACAUUCAUAUGUUCAAGGACCCCCAUGAGAUCAACAAGCAGCAGCACCACACCGACAGGUACUACAGCCCCAAGCUGAUAGUGCGCCGGGGACAGCCUUUCCAAAUCCAGAUUGACUUCAACCGACCCUACAACCCAGAGACGGACCAAUUCUGGCUGGAGUAUUUGAUAGGUCGCUACCCACAGCAAAACAAAGGCACCUACAUCCCAAUACUAGUAGGUGAUGUGCUAAGACCCGGUGAGUGGGGAGCCAAGAUUACCUACAGGGAGAACAACUCCAUUCGCCUGUCCAUCAUGUCCUCUGCCACCUGCGUCGUUGGGAAGUUUCGCCUGUACGUUGCUGUCUGGACUCCCUUUGGCAUCCUCCGGACACACAGAAAUGCAGAAACCGACACUUACAUCCUGUUCAAUCCCUGGUGCCAGCAGGAUGCUGUGUAUCUGGAUGACGAGAAGGAAAGGGAAGAAUACGUCCUGAAUGAUGUUGGUAUCAUUUUCCAUGGAAACAUCAACGAUAUAAAAUUUAGAAGCUGGAGUUAUGGUCAGUUUGAAGAAAACGUUCUGGAUGCUUGCCUGUUCCUGAUGGACAAGGCAGAACUGGAGCUCUCUGGGCGUGGAAACCCUAUCAAAAUCUGCCGUGUUGCCUCUGCAGUGAUCAACUCCAGAGAUGAUAAUGGUGUGAUUGCUGGAUCCUGGGACAAUACAUACACUUACGGUGUCCCACCUUCAGCCUGGACGGGAAGUGUGGACAUUCUCUUGGAGUAUUACAGUUCUAAGCAACCCGUGCGAUACGGCCAGUGCUGGGUCUUUGCUGGUGUCUUCAACACAUUUCUGAGGUGCUUGGGGAUACCUGCAAGACUCAUUACCAACUAUUCUUCUGCCCAUGAUAACAAUGCCAAUUUACAGUUGGAUUUCUUUCUGGAUGACGAAGGGAAAUUGGAUACCAAAAUUACAAAAGACUCUGUCUGGAACUACCACUGCUGGAAUGAAGCUUGGAUGACCAGACCGGAUCUUCCUGUUGGUUUUGGGGGAUGGCAGGUUGUUGAUGGGACACCCCAAGAAACCAGUGAUGGUAUGUACAGGUGUGGACCAGCCUCAGUUCAAGCCAUUAAACAUGGUCACGUUUGCUUCCAAUUUGACGCUCCUUUUGUCUAUGCUGAGGUGAAUAGUGAUAUUGUUUACUCAAGAAGGGAGAAAAAUGGAAUCCAAGUGAUAGAAAAAAUUGACACGACCCAUAUUGGGCAGUUGAUUGUGACCAAGGAAGUUGGAGGUGAUGGAAUGAUGGAGAUUACUGAGGAGUACAAGUUCCAAGAAGGCUCAGAGGAGGAGAGACUGGCUCUUGAGACUGCUGUGAUGUAUGGCAUUAAAAAGCAAGCUACCCAAGAUACCACGUAUCAGCCACAAACGGAUGUGGACAUGGAAUUCCAAGUGCAAAAGGCAAUCCUUGGCAGUGACUUUAAAGUCACUAUAAUAUUCAGGAACAAAAGUCGCAACCAGUACACUGCUACUACCUACCUUUCAGGCAACAUAGUGUUUUAUACAGGAGUCACAAAAAAUGAAUUCAAGAAAUACUCCUUCAGUGCAAAACUGGAGCCCUCUUCAUCUAGCGCUUUUGAUGUUGUGAUCAAAUCGAGUGAAUACCUGAGUGACUUGCUGGACCAAGCCUCCUUUCAUUUCUUUGUGACGGCACGGAUCAAUGAAACAGGGAAGAUUCUGGCCAUGCAGAAGGCGACAGUCCUGGAAAUUCCCACCCUGCGGAUCAAGACCCAAGGUGAGCUGGUAGCUGGUAAAGAAAUGUCUGUGACUGUAGAAUUCACCAAUCCUCUGAAACAAAUCCUGGAGAACGUCACUCUCCGCCUCGAGGGACCUGGCAUACUGAGAACGAUGAAAAAGGAGUUCAGGAAAAUCCCAAUGAACUCUACCUUGAUCUGGGAUGUAAAAUGCAUCCCAAAGAAACCAGGAUUACGAAAGCUGAUUGCAAGCCUAAAUUGUGAUGCUUUGAGGCAUGUGUAUGGUGAGCUGAAUGUUCAGAUUCAGAAGCCGUGAACCAAGGUGCCUGCCUUCAUCUCUCAUUUAGUCAUAUUUCAAAGUAUCAUGUUGAUGGGGGGUACAGGGGAAGAGGUAGAAAUCUGUUUAUUGUUAUUUUAGUCAUCCUUGUGCUGAACAUUACUUAAUAAAGAAAACUAAUUGGUAGGACUGGAAAAAGCACCUGGGCAGUGAAUGAUUUAAAAUUAGAUACAUGCAAUUAAAGGCAAUUCUAGACCAUAUUAUUCCUAUAGUUCACUUGUAUUUAUGGCCUUUUACAUUAUGCUGCAAGGGAAUCUGAAAAGCUCCAUUCACCAAAGUAGCCUGAACUUUAGUUUUAAUUAAGGCCUGAUAUUUCACUGAAAAGGAAAAAAAGAAGAACCCAGUGUUAUAAAUUCUUAGAUAGAAUUACACACCCUAUGGUAGCUCAUUCAGGGUGCAAUAAAAACAGGUAUUUCUAGCUAAAGGGACUGCUUUAUCUUACAAUGUUACAGUUUUCCAGUUCAUGGAGAGCUUACUUUGCUGCAAGCGUCUCUCAGGAUGUGUUAUCUCCAAAAUACUCCCAGCUCCUUGUUUCCUCUUGUGGCUUCCCUAUGCUUUUCCCCCUACUCUUUCACAUGCACAGACACCCACACAUACUCUCUGCUGUAUUUCACGCCCUCAUCCCACCCCAUAUGCUGUCGAUAUGUUGUCCUCCUUUGCUUGAUGAAAAUCCAGAGUUUUCCAUGCCCCUGCUCAGAGUUCAUGACACCAAGCUUGCAUUUCCUGAUCACAUCUCUUGUGUAUGGUGUGUUCUCCCUUCAUCCUCUUCUGCCUUUUCUUCUCUCCUGAACCCACCCUGUAGCCCCACUUCCCCACACAUGUGUGUCUCGGGGGGUUCGCUGCCCCAGAGCAGUCCAGGCUCUGCCAGCUGGUAAAUGAGGUGAAAGAGAGAGGAAUGGAGGGGGCAGCCUGAGGGUCUUCCCCUGCCAGCCCCCCAAGCCUAGCAAAUAUCCUGCACUGGAGCUGCGGGUGAGUUUGGAUUAAACCAUGCCAGAAAGUUCCCAGGAAUCACGGCUACUGCAGAAUGAAGUCCUGUUACAUGAGCAACCCCAGGAAUAUGCAAGGACAGAAGUUCAGCUGGAAAAGGAAUAAACAUGUAUCCUGAGAGUCAGAAACUCCACAAGCUGGGUCUCUUCUUGCCUGUCUCACAGCAUAUUCCUCUGUGAGAUGCAGUGGGGCUUCCCAAGGCAUCUCUCCUCCCCUGAGGACCUUCUGGCCCAGAAGCUGCUCUGAAUCUGUGGUUUCCAUUAGUCUUCUGUGCUGGGUAGUGCUCCAUCAUAAGCCGUGUACCCCAUUGUGCUAGGGCAGCAGCAGAGGCAGGGGUGUGCGUUCAUCUCUCAUCUCCCCUGAAAUCCUUCUCUGGAUCUUUUUCCACAAGCUGCAGCAACUCCUCUCCACGGGCUGCAGUGUGUAAGAGCAUGUCCCAUACUAACAGCACAGGUGAACCAACUGAGCUUCCAAAGAAGUUAAAAGGAGCCUCAUGCUCAUUAAACGCUGUGGCUUUAUGGUACUGUAUGGCCCUGUCAUUUUGUGGUCUCAUUAGUGAGAAAGCAAGGGACGUGUCUUGCCUUCUGCUCCUCUCCUUGCCAUGCAUUGCCUCCUGCAAAACCUGUGACCAGCUGUUAAAAAUAAGCAAGUCCUGGGAGGGGAGAAAUGCAGGCUGCUCUUUUGCUAAAGUAUGUUGAACUAAGCAAAGAUUCAUUGCACCUCAUUUGCUCAGUGAGUACCCCUGGAUCCAAGAACACCAGGCUUUUGGGUGCUUUCGCUUCAGGCAUGGGCACACACUCAGUUCCUACAGCCUGAGUGACCACAUCAGAAACUCUGCAAUGUCAAAGUCGCCACUAUAAGUCCUCCAGGGUACAAGGGACUGAACAGCAUGUGGUAAAUGCAAGGUGACAAUCUCUGUUAAGUAAUUAAGCAGUCCUACCAGAGUCUACAUCUUCUAAUAAAAUUAUCCAUUUUUUGCUUUUGCAUAUAAACCUUCUUUCCAUUGCAGACUUUUUUAUAACUACACUGUAAUAAGAAUUUAAAAUAAAGCAUGUGUGAUUGCA